GGAAAUCUUAAGAUAUGAAGGAACUUUCACUGGUCUUAGUAUACCAAGGAAGUAGUGGGAUUACUCCCCUUACCAGUGACCACGAAGGUGAAGGUGAAAAAACAUCUGCCAAGAUGGCAACGACUAGGGCAGCGGAGCAGGCAGUGCUCAAUAUGUUCUUAGUAAUGCUCGUAUCUUCUGUAAUGUUUGAUUUAAGGGUGAGUGGGAUUCCAAGGAGCAAGACCAAAAGAAACAUAGACACUUCACGUUAUCAUCACCAAGAUGAAUUAGAAGCUUUACUGACAAACUUAAACAGCCAAUAUCCGUCGUUGACAAAACUUCAUCGGGUUGGUUCCAGUUCACAGAACAGAACGUUGUGGGCUCUGCAGAUAACUGAUAAUGUAAACGAAACAGAAGCAGGAGAACCUAUGUUUAAGUACAUUGCCAACAUGCAUGGAAAUGAAGCUGUUGGGCGAGAAUUGCUUAUCUAUCUGAUUCAAUAUUUGCUUGAACAAUACGGGAACGAUGAAAAAGUAACGUCGAUCGUGGAUAGUACUAAUAUCUUCAUCAUGCCAACAAUGAAUCCUGAUGGAUUUGAACAUUCUGAAGAAGGUGACUGCUCUGGAAUUGAGGGUAGGGCUAACGCAAAUGGCAUAGAUUUAAAUCGAGAUUUUCCAGAUCAGUUUGACUCCGGAAGCGAGUCAAAAGUUGUACAGCCAGAAACUCAGGCGAUUAUGGACUGGGUUACAAACAACCCGUUCGUGCUAUCAGCAAACUUGCAUGGUGGAAGUGUGGUCGCAAGUUAUCCCUUUGAUGAUUCAAGAAAUCAUCAGUUGACUGGAUUCGAAAGUGCUGCUCCUGAUGAUAGUGUUUUUCGUCUUUUAGCACAUACUUACGCAAACACCCACAAAACAAUGCAUAAAGGUAAUCUUUGUUCCGAUGAUUCUUUUCCUGGUGGCAUAACUAAUGGUGCCCGGUGGUAUGAUGUGCCAGGUGGAAUGGAAGACUAUAACUACAUACACAGCAGUUGCUUUGAGAUCACUCUCGAACUGUCAUGCUGCAAGUAUCCCAAGGCUGACCAGCUUACACAAGAGUGGGAAAACAACCGUGAUGCACUUCUUGCUUAUCUUGAAAUGGUGCACAUCGGUGUGAAUGGCUUUGUGAAAGAUGCAGAGACUGGGAAAGGCAUUUCUAAUGCCAUUGUAUCUGUUGAUGGAAUCAACCACAAUGUUACAUGUGCUCAGUUUGGUGACUUUUGGCGUUUGCUUGUUCCUGGAAAGUACACGGUACGAGCCACUGCUCCAGGAUAUGUGGAGGAAGUGCAAGCAGACGUGAUAGUUCCUUCAGGGAAGGGAGUCACAAUUGAACUUCGUCUAAAAAGAAGUAGCAGGAAUGACUCUGGACAUGAGAUCAACACACCAUCUUCUGUGACUGAUGAGAGGAAAGGGUCACCUACACCUGCACUGGUAGUGAAUGGUGCCUCUGCAUUAAAUGACUUAGUUGAUGUCAUCAACAGUCUUCAUGACUAUAAUCACCGUGCCAAGACCAGUUUCGUGGAACCCACCGAAUUCAGGCAUCACAACUAUCAGGAUAUGACUACUUUCUUAAAUGACCUCCAUCAGAAAUGCAAAAAUAUUACUAAAUUGUAUUCUAUAGGAACAUCUGUUCAGGGCAGAGAACUGUGGGUGAUGGAAGUGUCAGAUAAUCCAGGAAUGCAUGAAGCAGGUGAACCUGAAUUCAAAUACAUAGGCAACAUGCAUGGUAAUGAAAUUGUGGGGCGAGAGAUGCUGCUGAUGCUUCUGAAGCUGUUUUGUGAUAAUUAUGGGACCAACACAUUUCUUACUUCCUUGGUUGACAACACUCGUAUUCACAUCAUGCCUAGUAUGAACCCUGAUGGUUAUGAAAAGGCUAAAGAAGGUGAUAUCUUGGGGAUUAUUGGACGAACAAAUGCUCAUGAUAUUGACCUCAACCGCAACUUUCCUGACCAGUUUAAGAACGAAGGAAUUAAUAUCCACCAUGAAACAGAAACCAUUGCUGUCAUGAAAUGGGCUUCAUCCAUACCUUUUGUUCUAUCUGCAAAUCUGCAUGGAGGAUCACUUGUUGCCAAUUUCCCAUAUGAUGACUCCCCUGCAGGUACAAGCAUUUACAGCAAGUCUCCUGAUGACGAAACAUUCCGUAUUCUUGCUGAAGCUUACUCACUGGCCCACUCAACCAUGCAUGAAGGGCAUCCGUGCAGUGACAUCAGUGGCGAGUACUUCCAGGAUGGCAUCACAAAUGGUGCUGCAUGGUACAGUGUUGAUGGAGGCAUGCAGGACUGGAAUUAUCUACACACUAAUUGUUUUGAGCUGACCAUAGAGAUGGGAUGCACUAAGUUCCCAAAUGCUGACCGCUUACCUUCAUACUGGCAGGCCAAUAAAUUCUCUUUGCUGGUCUUCAUGGGACAGGUUCAUAAAGGAGUGAAGGGUUUUGUAAUGAAUGGAGAGACUAAUCAAGGUAUUGCCAAUGCCACCAUUACAGUGGAGGGCAUCGAUCACACCAUAAGAUCUGCCCUUGCUGGAGACUACUGGCGACUCUUAGCCCCUGGCAAUUACACCAUUACUGCUAAUGCAGAUGGAUUCCUUCCUCAGAGUUUCAAAGUCACUGUCUCAGAUGGGGCUGCAACGCUUGUCAACUUCACUCUUCAGUCUAAACUUCUAAAGGAAUCUAAAGGAAACCUAGAAAUCUGGUCUAAAGAUUUUGACUUUGACAUUGCUGCUAACAUGGCUCAAACCAAAUACUUUUCUAAUGAUGACCUUCAAACAGAGUUUAAACAUCUGGCAAAGACUUACCCUUCUUUCACCCAGUAUAGCACAGAGUACAUGACCAGACAAGGGAAGACACUAAUUCUGUUCAGCAUGUCAGGGUCUGGCUUCGAUUACAAUAAUGUGAAACCUCACAUAUUGUUGAUUGGUGGAUUAAACGGAGAUGAACCUGUUGGAACUGAGAUUCUUCUGAGGUUGGCUCGUCAUCUUACAACAGGGUACAGUGUUGAACAGCCAGAAAUUAAGAAGAUUAUCAACAGAUCAUACAUUCACAUUAUUCCUCAGCUGAAUGUGGAAGGACCGUCCAGAGCUGUUCUUGGAGACUGUAGGGGCGAAAAAUACAAUGGCUCCUCCUUCAAUCAACUUGUAAAAAAUGAGGAUGCCUUGGUCAAGCGUUUGGUGAGUUUGAUCUCCAGCUACAAGUUCAAAACAGUUCUCAGCCUGGGAUCUGGAGGCUACUUUGUAACGAUUCCAAGGAAUGUGAGACAGUCUGAAACUGAUGACCACACAACAGUCUUCACAGAAGAUGAAGAUGUCUUCCAGUCUUUGGCUCAUGCCUUUGUCGACAAGUUCCAAAGCAUGAACAGCACAAAGUGUAGCAAUGACAUCCCAUCAGGUGUUGUUCAUGGAGCUGAUCUCCCAGCUGGAGCAGUUGCAAUGGCUGACACACUGUACUCACAGUACCGCAUGCACAUGGUGAGUGCUUAUAUUGAGUGCUGCAAAUAUCCACCAGCCUCACAACUUCCUACAAUCUGGCAAAAAUCCCUUCCUGCACUUCUCAGUUUUCUUCAGCGUUCAGGACAAGGUAUAUAUGGUUCUGUUGCUGAUGAUCAAGGCCAUCCAGUGUCAGACUACACUGUUCAGCUGGACAGCAUGACUGUUCAGCCUAUGACAUUACCAGGAUAUUUUAUGCAUGCAGUUGACGGCUCUCACACUGUUACCUUUAGUUCAAAAGGGUUUGAAAGUGUAACCAAACAAGUGAGAGUUGUUCCUGAUGAAGCAGUGGAGCUGAACAUCAGUCUGGUGCAUGAACAGAAUGUCACCUUUAGCUAUCAUGAAUACAACACCAUGGUUGCCCUUCUGCGCAACAUCACAUCUAGAUGCUCAAAGUUUGCCAACCUUAUAAGCAUUGGACAGUCUACUAAUGGCCUGGAUCUCUGGAUGAUCUCUUUCGGAAAGAACCGCACUGAUCGAGUGGUGCCCUCUGUGCUAUUGGUGGGAAACAUGCAUGGUGAUGAACCAGUAGGGAGAGAACUUCUGCUGCAGUUGAGCAUUUCCCUGUGUGAGCAGUUAUCUGAAAGAUACAUUGAAGAGCUUCUGCUUGAAAUAAACCUGCACAUAAUUCCUUCCAUAAACCCCGAUGGAGCUCAGCAAUCUUCAGAAGGCAAAUGUCAAAAGAGCAAUGGUCACAACAAUCCCAGAAAUAUUGAUCUCGAUGCUAGUUUUAAGUUGCCAGAAAAACACGAGGAAAUCCAAUAUGAAAAGGAGACAGAUGCUAUUGUAAAAUGGCUGGAUAGAAACUCUGUAACCCUUGCAGUAUCCCUUCAGGGUGGCAACUCUUUCCUUACUUAUCCUGCUGGAAGUGCUGACAAAUUGCCAGAAAAUGCUUUGAAAAUUCACCAGCACUUGGCUUCUGCCUAUAUGAAUGCCAUGACCAGGCCUUCAGCACCAGAUUCUAGCUUCUGUGACGUCAAGCUUACUGAUGUGAACAGCAGCAGCAUCCAGGGCACUGAGAGAGGAAUUCAUUCUGGGUCCUUUGCGGAUUAUGUGUAUUUGCAAAGCCACAGCCCAUUUCUGACUGUGUAUGCUGGUUGCUGCCGUUACCCAACAGCUGACCAUCUGCAGGAAAUGUGGCACCAGCAUCAGCAGCCCCUCAUGUCCCUUCUGCUUGAGAUUCGACGUGGCGUAUAUGGGCAAGUCAUCAACAAGCAAACCGGAGUUGCUGUGAACAAAGGUUUUGUGAAAGUCGACAAGUCUAACAUCCUUGCCAACAUCAACAGCAAUGGCCAGUACAGCCUUUAUCUUCCACCAGGAGAGUAUGACCUGCAGAUCUAUGCAGAUGGAUACCAUGAAAAUAAAAAGGUGGCCAGGGUGAUGCAUGGUGUGCAUGCAGUGAAGUUGGUUGUAGAGCUUGAGCCAUACGUCACCAUCCUAGGCAUGCCCCCUGCCCUCUUUGUCACCAUUGCAAGUGUCUUAGGAUUCCUGAGUCUAAUGAUCGUCACUGGCGUCAUUUGUGUCCGCAAUCGGUCCAGGCUGCAUUACAACCAGCUUGGCUUUCGUCCUGUGCGUAAUAGUGAUGAUGAUGAAGAAGAAGAUGAUUAUAAUGGCAAUGAAGAUUUUUUCCAUGGUCAUAGUAGUUCUAAUGGGUGGCCCCCAAAAGCCGAAGCUCGCGCAGCAGAUAUUUUCAGAGAUAACCCAAGUGAUGAUGAGGAUGGAGAUGAACAUAGUUUAUUUGAAAAGCAUUUGUUUACAAAAAAGUGACCUUCAAGGUGUAAACAUAAUCUUGUUAUUCUUUUUACAAUCAUGCUGUGUUCAGGAUACUGUAUAUUAAUAUAAAUGAUUUAGAGGAUGGAGAAGUCUCUGUCCAUUUUACUCCAUUUUUUUUCAGAUUACAAGGCAAAUUGUUGGCAAUGCUUUAAACCUGGGAAAAUUUCACCACUCAAGUGGGUGUUGUUUAAAGCCAGUGUAAAAAUCCUUCACAGUCCCACAUGAACAUGCCUGUGUUUUAUUGCUGCAUAUAAUAAAGAAUGUGAUGAAAACAGCUUAAAAGGAAGGAAAACAUUGAAACAGCAAAUAACGAGGUCUUCCGUUGCCUUUGUAUAGUCUUUCAUCUCCUAAACCUCUCUCCGUUUCCAUUUCUUUGUGAUCUACCUGUAGGAGAUAGCUUUCUUACAUUAUGGAAAUGUUUGGAGAGACAUUUUCCUGAGUGCCUUCUGUAUUGGUGGAAAUUAGAAGCUCAGGUAAUAUGAAAGUUGACUGUUUUCUUAAGAUAUUGCUCACUUCCUAUUUUUUAUAUGUGAUUUCAGAGGAGUCUUUAUAUAUAUAUAUGAACCAUGUAUGCCUUAGUUACAACAAUCCAAAAUUUCAGUUACACAAGUAAAUUUUGUGACUGAUUUUUUUUUUUAUGUUGCGUUAAAAAUAGAGGUAUUACAUGCUUGAUGUCUGAUCAUGUACAUGUCAGGGUUUUACUGCAGCUUGUGUGGUUAUGGCACGAACUGUACUCACUGGAGCUGAAGAGUCAUAUGCCAUAUCAAGUCUUACACAUUUUCCAUACUUUUUUGGAUUUUUGUCAUUGUUUUUAUGUUUCUUAUGAAGUUUUUUAUUUUUAGUAUUUUAUUUUUGAUGGAAUUUGGUAGAUAACCACCGUAUCUACCAUUGCCACCUUUAUUUGUAUCACAUCCUUAUGUAGCUGACAUAUUUGAAAUUACAACCUCCUGAAAAAAAGACUCUUUCUGUAUGCAAAAAUCAGGAAUUUUAAGACAAAAAAAAAAAAAGCUAUUGUCCUAAGGCUGGAGCUGUUAAGGCUUUUAAAGUUCUGUCAAUCAAGACAGCGGAAGUGUGUUUAGGUAAGAACAGAUUUGACUGCAGACAACUGGAGGUCAAGCGAGUUGACCUGGGAGUUAGUGGUAGUGUUAAGGGGGAGAAAGGCUACAACAGACUUCUUUUAAAUUAUAAAUCAGAUUUUGGCAAAUUCAUUCAAAAGCUCUUCCAUGUUUUACCUGCCUAAUUAUUUCCAGGAUUUUUUUUUUUUUUUUUUUUUUUUUUUUUUUUUUUUGGUGCUGUCUGUCAAAAUACCUUUCUCCAUAGUUACAACUUUUUCAUUUUUUUAAAUGAAUUUCUAUGGUGGUUUUGUGAAAAAACGUCAGCAGGCCAAUAGUGGUGUAAGGCUUGAUUGCCAGGGUCGUUUCAGUCUAGAGUUUUACAUGCUGGUGUGCAUUUUGCCUAGGCUAUGUUAGUGCUUUGCUCAGCUUUCAUGCUUCGCUCUAGAGCAGGGGUGGGAAAGGGUCAUACUAUAAUGCACAGACUAUACACAAUUAUCAAAUUAAAAAUUAGCCUGCUAGAAUUGGUUGCACUGUAGUUUUGCCAGAGUGUGUUAACACUUUGCAACAUAUACACCCCAAUCCUGCCUUACACUGACUCCUCUGAUUCAGCACAAUACAUGCAGACAGGCUGCGGGCAGCCGACGAGGAGUAUAUGUAUCUGUCCUGUCAUGUACUUGUGUAUCCUACCUAUCCCAUAAUAGACAUUCCUUGCUUAUCCCUCAAAAUUUAUGUUAUGAUAAUGAUUUGUUUAAUAUAAAUUUGUUUCUAUGAAAAAAGAUUCAUUAAAAAGGUCCUAGAUUUAUUGAAUUUUAAGUCCCACCUGCAGUUGCCUUGGCCAGGCCAGGUCAAAUGAUUUUACAGACGCCAGACAUCCCCCACCCCUGCUCUAGAGGGAUAAUUUACGGUAUAAGUAAUGUUGGUGAACAUGGUAUACUUUGUUAUACAUUCAAAGAGUUUGAGUUACCUAUGUACAAAUGGUUAGGUCCAUACAACAGUACCAUUCUGUUGCUGUGCUUUAUGUGAUGAUGUAUACAUAGAUCUGCAGAAUCCUUGGCCACACUGCUGAUGUUUACUACAGGUUGAUGUUAAUGGCUUGGUUUGAAUAUUUUUUAAAUCAAAUCAAUACUAAACUAUUUAUGAAUGAUUGGUGAUGGCUAACAUGUUUGUUCCAAUAUUUUAGGUAAUUGUCCCUUUGGUGGUGGUGAUGUAAUGGGACUGUGUAUUUCUUCAGAAUUCAGACAUAAAACUAUUGAGCUUGAGCUUGAGUCUUAUAGCUAAGAAAUUUUUGAUUUGAUAAUUUUGAGGGCCUCAAAUAGUUAAAAGAUUAUGCAAUCAUUUUUAAUGUGCAGACAGCAAAUAUAAGAUCUUGAAAAAAAAUUAUCAAAUAUUAGUGCAAAGCUGCAUAAGCAUUACUAUCUCCUUUCCAGAUAGAUCCCCAUAAAUUUCUAAGAGUGAAUAGCUUUAUGGUUUCCAUCAUUUACAAAAAAAAAAAAAAGGCACAAGGCACAGAUGUUGGCCUAAGCUGUUCCAAGACAAGAGUGUGUUUCAGAUCAUAUAUACAAUUAUCUAAUUUGUUGUUGCAUCAUUUGGAACUGGUUAUGUAAUGCAUUUGACACAGUCUUUGUAAAUGCAUUUAAGUAUUUCAUGGAAAUCAAAUUGUUUCAAUUGAUCUUGACUUUCAGAGAGUAUGACACAUCAUUGCUUGCAAAACGGAUAAAAAUUCAUGCCAAGGAAUAAACUCUACUUAAUUAUUUACUUCCUGUGUGGCAGAAAUUGACACACUUAAGUCAAACAUGACAGGCUGUCAUUAUGUCUUUGCAAAGAUUGGUUGCUGUGUUCUUUAGAUUUUGUUGGGAAAAGCAGGCCACAGAAAAAGUGGGAGAAUAAGUAUUAUUAUUAAUUUUACAUCUCAGUGGCACACUGCUAAUCUAAAAUGGAUACAAGAUUUUGAUGAUAUGCCCAUUUAACAAUUAAGUUAUUUGAAACUGUUGGUAAAGAGUUACACAAAUCAGUAACUUAAAUUUGAUAAAAAUCACUGUCCACAAACUGACUUGUAUUACUAUCCAACAGAAAAAAGUUUUUUUCUGUCCUUAUGUACAGCAUACAAACAUAACAUCUAUGCUAUUGUAUAAUCUAUAACAGUGGUUCUUAACCGGGGUUCGAUUGAACCCUAGGGGUUCGGUGAGUCAGUCUCAGGGGUUCGGCGGAGCCUCCGCCACAGAGGUCAAGACACACCCGCAAUUCGUGAGGACACUAAAGAAGGGUUCGGUGAAUGUGCAUAUAAAACUUGUGGGUUCGGUACCUCAAACAAGGUUAAGAACCACUGAUCUAUAACCACCUAGUGCUUUUUCUUUCCAUGCCUUUUUUUUAUAAUUUUUUUGUUACUGAGUGUUAUAGACUAAUAUCAGCUGUUGUUUGCUUUUGUGUUGCCCACUGUUUUGUGUAUUUGAAUGCUCUGAAGUCAUGAAAAUAUUUUAACAUAAAAUAGCACAACCAAGGGGUGCAUUUCCAACCAGUCUGAAAAAUAAAAUUACUCUAGAUAAACAAGUGCAGUCUAAAAGAAUUUUGCACCUUUGGUUGAUUCCUGCAUAGGAAUGUGGGCAUUGGAUGUAGUUAUUCUUUACUUGGAACAUUCCUUAACAGAUGUUAACAUGUUUGUUCACAUCAUGAAAAUAUGUGCUUGUAAGAUUCACAGGUUUCAAUUUAGAGUAAUUGGUCUUGAUCAUGUGGCAUAUUUUGGAACCAUUUCAUACUUUUUUGCUGGAACACUGAUCAGUGCCUUACCAAAUUUGUGUGGAUAGACAUGUACAGUGACAUGUUUUUUAUAUAUAUAAUUUGAAUACAGGUGAGAGCUUUGUUGUCGUUUAGUUUUAAAACCUAAAUAUUUGUUGUUGCCUUGUUUUGAGCCCCUCACUGUGAAGGUACACUUCCAUUCCUUAAUGUCCCCACAAUGACUUUCAGACUGCAUGACUGCUGAGACUUUUAACAGAGGUGGAGAAGGUUAACUGCUUAGUGAUAUGUAAUGUAUUCAUUUCUUUCAUUUAGUUGCCAAACCCAUGUAAGGGUAUAUUGUUCCACUGUUUAUUUCUAUGAAUAGUGUGUGUGUGAGAGAGAGAGAGGUCAUUAAAAAGAGAAGUUAAAUUUGUCUUAAAUUCAAGCAUUUAUGGCAACAGAAUAUAAAGACCUGAACUCUAAAGUGAUUUUAAGAAACCGGACAGCUGAAAAUAUGCAAUUUCUAAUAUACUCAACUCAGAUCAGGAUGGGCACCAUUCUUUUUUCUGUGUGGUUUUACAAGACUGUUGCCAGAUGAAGCAGAUUAUUUUUUUUUUAAAUCUACAGCUCACCAGAAAGUUGAUAUACAGUGAUCAGGCCAUUCCUCACAGCAGACUACUGCGCUGAUCUGGGUAUGGGUGCAGUGCAAAUUGUUAGCUUAAUAUCUAAAAGCCCAGCUGUCAGCUAAACCUACACUAAUAUUUUGAAAGCAUUUUUGCUAACUGCUUUGAUGUUGUCUUUCCAGCUAGUGGUUUACUUGCACCCAGUCCCUGGCUGCUGCACAGCCUACAGUACAAGACUUAAGGGGUUGUAGGAUUACAAAUGGUACAUUAGACCCAAGUGCCUGAAAGCUGGGCAUUCUCAUUUUUUUUUAAACAUUUUUUUUUCAUGCAUUGUAGAUUUAUUUGAUUAUCAUGAAACACCUAACUGUGAGAGGUUUGUGUUAUGCCAUGUUAUUCACAAGAAAAAUUACAGCUUCUAUAAAUCCAAUUCAAACAUUUAAUUUUGAGUUAGAUCUAUGUUUUUCUGUUUAAAAAAUAGUCUUAUGGGCUUUUGAAUUUUAAAAAGUUAAGUUUAUGUGAACUAUAACCCUUUUUUCUUCAGAAUAACAUGUCACAUUUGUUCUAUUUUGAUGAUAUUAACAACAUAUUUAAUUUUACGCAGAGCAAGAUAACGAAAUAAUUCAAUUCAAAACAUAUGGUUGUGUUUCACAAAGCAUUUAUGAUGAUGGCGUAAGGAAAAUCACACAGCUUUUGGGGACAAAAAAUUGUCGGGUCAGUGUGUUGUGCAAGUGACAUUGGAUAUAAACAUAGUAACAAACUAUGUAAUAUAUAAUAAACAAAUCUGAGAAUGUC